GUUAUGAUUGCUGUGCGUUCCUCCGCCGUUCAGCCUGCAGGAGGGGUUGGUUGGUACAUGUCAAGGUGCUAAAAUAUGCAACGUGGACACCAGCUUUUCAGCUUAUUAAUAACGGACUCAUCACUUACAAGAUCCAUAACACUAACUCUUACCAAAGCAAACACUCUUAUUUCUCAAUAAACACACAUCAACAUAUACACCGGCAGACACAUAUUUGUAUGUGAGUUCAGGGAUUUUACUAUCUAGACGUUCUAGCUUGAAAAGUGGCUCAUUAUAAGUGAAGUGUGCAAAGAAAAAAGAAGUUCAAGAGUAUUUAAAGAGCAUAUCUGAGUGAGUUUCGGCAUGCCCUCUCUGCUACUUGCUAUCUUCAAACUGAUACUUACCUAAUUACACACACAUACACAUGCACACACUCGUAUGCACCAAGGGAUAUUCAAAGAGUCUUCUUCCCACCCACCAAACUAACCCGCCUAAGCGACCGCCUGCUAUCCACUGCUGUUGACACACAGGAAUCCAGACACACACACACACACAUUCACUCACUGCUCUUUCUUUCUGCUUGGCAGGAAGAGUCUCCUCUGAACCAGACAACAGCUUGCACUUCUCUGCUUUUCCUCUGCUGGCAGGUGUUAGAAAUAAAGCCAUAAAUAAGUGGACUUAAAGACAACACUACAGAGAGAGAGAGAGGACAAAUGUCUUGCACAAGUGAGCAAGGGAUAUGAGGGGAAAAAGGAGAAGAAACCUGCAUUUUUAGCGUUGGUGUCUGAGUGAAUGUGUUGUUGAGGGGAAACCAAAAGUAACCGGGAGGAACGCAAGGCAGUCAUGGACAUUAUAACACCUCAGACUCGAGACUGGACGACUUGGAUUUGCACACCGGAGUUGGACCCCAUCCAGCCCACUGUCCACUGAUACAAAUGAGUACCCAUGUGCCAUCUGAGACAUGCUUCCUGGCUAUGGAAUCUCUCCUCUUCUUGAUUUCCAGCCUCACCUCCAAGCGUUCCAUUGCAGAGGCGAGAGCUCUGACAUGUGGUUCCCAGGCUCAGUUGAGACCCAGGCACUGAGCGAUUCUCGGGAAGGAAGGCCUCUCCUGCGGCAGCACCAACACAUUGCUGUGUGUCAGCAAGAGACAUUGGCCUUCAUUGACCUUCAAGAGCAAAGUGUUAAUGGUUUCCAAUCAUGCACAUCAGAAAACUGUAGUUCCUCUCUUUGCUCCAAGCCUCUCAGAUGCAAUGGAAGGAGUCCAUCUGACUUUGCCAAGACUGAGAGUACAGACAGAGCACUAGACGAUUAUUUGACAGAGGAUAUCAAUAAUGUGGAAGUGGUUCAGGAACAGUCAUGGACAUACAUUACUGGCUUACCUGAGACAGUUCAUGAAAAUCCUGAUUCAGGAGUUAAGGGUCUCAAUCCUCGGAAUUUAUUUCUGCCUUUGUCCCCUAUAUAUGCACCUGGAGACAGGAACUCUUUGGAGUCUCAGCAGCUAAGCUCCCCCUCUUCCCCUUUAGAGGGUCCAGACCCAUUUCGCCCUCAAAGACGCACCUCUUUGGGAUCAAUAAAAGAGAAGUCUAUAAGGCGUAAGAUGAGGGUGUAUUCUCCUGACACUCUAGAAGCGUCUCCCAGCAGCCCAGGUGUAGAGUGUGAUUAUCUGCUUCCAGCAUCCUUUGAGUCAUUCGUAGAAGGAGGGCUUGGCAUGGUGGGAUCUACCAUACCCACAUCCCAGACUUCCAGCCCCCUUCCAGGCUUAGACGAAGACCUCUCUCUUUUUGCCAUACCAAACUCUCCAAAACCUUUCUUAAAUCCCCUUCAGGAGGGUGCCAGAUGCCAAGAGGGUGUAAAUGACGAGGGGAGGCAGAGGUUAGGCCUGGAGGAUUGUGGAACUUUGCAAGGCCCUCCCCUCAACAGUGGCACCUCGAUGCCUCUGUCCCGUUCUCGUUCAGUAGACAAUGAGCGCCGGCGCUUCUCUGCUUCUGAGCUCAUCUCUCGCCUUCAACUCUCUCAGAGGAAAAACUCCUUUACACUUAAGCUGGGCAAGUCUCUCUCUGCUCGCGUGGCCUCCCGGGAACGCCACCUGUCUGGAAACCUCAGCUCAGACUACAAACCCAACUCCAGACAUCGCUUCUCAGGGGGAUCAAGUGACAGUGGACCACAUAGUCCGGUGGGGUCUGCACCACCACUGCCCUCUGCUGACAGUAAUCAGCCACUGCACCGAAGGAGCUCUAAGCAAAGAAUGAGAAAAGUUUCUGUUGAUGAGGAUGGAGGCAGCCCUCCCAGUAACUCUAAACGUCUUUCGCGUUUCUUGCCAAGCUUGAUUUUGUAUCAGGAAUACAGUGACGUUGCCAUCAACAGGGAGAUACAGAGGCAACAAGGGGCAGAGCCAGGAACCGAUGAAGAAAGAGGGGAGUCUGUGUCUCCUGGAAACCUCUCCCCAUCCAGCUCAUUCCGCUCAUCACGAGGCUCGGCCUUUUCCUUAUGGCAAGAUAUUCCUGAUGUUCGAUCAAGUGGACAACUUGACAAUUUCAGCAAUGAAGAGCGUAAACUACAGGAGGCAAAGUUUGAGUUGGUGACAUCAGAGGCCUCAUACAUACGGAGCUUGUCUAUUGCAGUUGACCAUUUUAUGAUGUCUUCUGAGCUAUGCGAGUGUCUUGGGACACAGGAGAGGCAGUGGCUCUUCUCCAAACUGCCUGACGUGAAAGAAGUCAGUGAGAGGUUCCUUCAAGAUUUGGAGCGUAGGUUAGAAGGAGACAUUUUACGGUUCGACGUGUGUGACAUUGUCCUUGACCACUGUCCUGCACUGAGGAGGGUUUAUCUGCCUUAUGUCACCAAUCAGGCCUACCAGGAACAGACCUAUCAGCGACUACUGCAAGAGAAUGCCCGGUUCCCUGGGAUCCUUGCCCGCCUGGAAGAGGACCCAAUAUGCCAGAGGCUGCCUCUUACAUCAUUUCUCAUUCUUCCUUUUCAAAGAAUCACACGCCUCAAAAUGCUAGUGGAGAAUAUCUUAAAGAGAACAACGCCUGGGUCACGAGAUGAGGACACUGCCACCAAAGCACUUAAUGAGCUCAAAAAGAUUAUAAAGGAAUGUAACUCCAGUGUCCAGUCCAUGAAGAGAAUGGAAGAACUAAUUCACCUAAACAAGAAAAUUCACUUUGAGGGCAAGAUUUUCCCUCUCAUCUCUCAGUCUCGCUGGCUGGUCAAACAUGGUGAACUGCUAGAAGUAGACACACAGAAUUUGAGUAUAUCUGGAUCUAAGUUUAAGCUUACCACCCGGCCAGUGUACCUGCACCUGUUUAAUGACUGUCUUCUACUUUCCCGAAGGAAGGAGUCGUGGAAGUUCAUGGUGUUCGUACAUGCAAAAAUUGAAGACCUCAAGGUGAAAGACCUAAGCCAGAAACUUCAGGGAAUCUCAGGCUUCAUCUUCUAUCUGCAGUUAUGUGAGGGGCAACAGCUAAAACACCAAAUUCUGCUCAAAUCACCCACAGAGAGCAGCAAACAGAGGUGGAUCACAGCCAUGUUUCCCUCCGAUCCAACGACAGCUAUAGAGCAGACCAAUGAGAAUGAUGAUCUAUCUCAGGUCCAGUGUAUCAGGAGCUACCAGGCUCAAGAGCAUGAUGAGUUAACGCUGGAGAAGGCAGACAUCCUUCAAGCUGUAACAAUUACAAGUGAUGGGUGGGUAGAGGGGAUUCGGUUGUCGGAUGGAGAGAGGGGCUGGUUCCCUAAAACGUACGUGGAGGAGAUCACAAGCCGCAGUGCUCGUUUGCGAAACCUCCGUGAAAACAUUCGCAUCAAGUGUGUCUCACAGAAAUUAGAGGGAGAGACUCUCUGAGACCUUAAAGUAUGGGACAUUGUUUUACUUUACACAUCAUCUGCUUUCCCAAACCAGGAUGGAUCAGUACGUAUUGCAAUUUGUGGGCAUAUUCAACAUUUUCAUGGCUGACAUUUUAGCUUUAGUAUGGUUUACUGUAAUCAUCUAAAAUGUACUGAAGAUAGGAUUAUUAAAACUAUGCAUUGCAUCAAUGGAGGACUAAAAGUGCCACAUAAAAUAAAAUCAAUGAUUGAUUUAUGUUGAAAAUAAAACUGCAUAAAUUGGUUUACAGAGAUUUACUAUUAGAAGUUAAUCAUAUUUAUUUAGUUAUUGAGUCGGGGGUGUUGCCAUAUGAUCAGCGUCUUCUGGUAGGAUGCUUCGAACCUCCGUUUAGAAUUGUCAACAGCGAGAGCAGCUUUUCUCAACUGGGGUUCAAUACUGUUUUGAGUGGCUUACGCAGUGUUUUUGUGAUGCAAAACUCAACUACUUUUGAAAGAAAGACUUUGAAAGCUGUUAUGCUUUCAAAUUGCGGUUGAAGUGAGAGAAAACAUUCUACUAAUUCAUUAUCUGCCAUCAGAAUAAAAGUUGAAAUAUAACGUCAGUGUUCCUGACCUGGCAGCUGUUAUAACAUGUACUCUGCGGCUCUUUGAUGCACACACACAUCACACGCAAUACGUCACUGAAAGCCAAAUUACUGGCAUGAAACUUAACAGGUAUGCAAAAUCAAAAAAUUACAAAUAAAAGUGUUACUGAUACUAUUCUGGCUGAUUUGCAUGUUGAUUAUAAUUGGGAGCUGUUUAUUUUUUAUUUAGUUAGUUGGUAGUUUUUACCAGUGUACUGUAUGCUUUUCUGCAAUUUCAAAAUGCCACUUUUUUUACUUUGUGACCCUUUCAGUCAAUGUUUUGUGGAACAGUAAGUACAUCAAACAUUUUGGUGAAUUACAUUUGUUUGGGUUGGUUAUAUAUUUGAAAAAAAAAGAGAAAAUUAUCACUUUAGUGAUGACGAGGCUCCAUUUUAAAGGCAGAAGAUGCCGUCUGACAAUGAGGGGAAAAUGCCCUGCAGCAGUUGUUUUUCAUCCCAUAAGAUCCAGGAGGUGGUGCUGACCGACAGCAGUAUUAGUUCAAAAACUUUAAAGGCAAGUAAAAAUAGAUUAAAACUAUUAUUUCAAAGCUGUCAAAAUGUAACUCUUUAUACGCAUCAAGCUGCCGAAGUUCGAAGCAUCCUGCUUAUGCAUACUCGCAAAACAUAAUGGGUAAUUUUGCAUUCCAAGAAAAAGGUUUCUAGGUGAAUUGGAUUAACUAAAUUGGCUGUAGUGUAUGAGUGUGUGUGUGUGUGUGUGUGUGAAUGAGAGUGUGUAAGAGUGCUUCCCAGUACUGGGUUGCACCUGGAAGGGCAUCCGCUUUGAAAAACAUAUACUGGAAUAGUUGGUGGUUCGUUUCUCGGUGGAGACCCCUCAUAAAUAUAGGGAAUAAGCCAAAGGAAAUUGAAUGAAUUUUGUAUUUUCAUAUUAAUCAAUUAUUGUCUGUCCUCCAUGAUAUUUUGCACUUCAGGUUUUAAGUAGCUCUUCAAGGUUUCUUUCUAACCUUCGCUUCCACCAAAACUGCAAGUGUUGUUACCGCAUGUAGCAUACGGCGCUGUGCUUUCUGACAGAUGCACGCUGCUCAAAAUACAGCUGUCCAAGGAUCAUCAUGUGGGUGGACACAAUCUGUCAGCUGCUAAAAUGUUUAGCAAAAUAACAAGAUGCAAUUUACAGUAAAUGGUUUAGGUGCUACAGCAGCCAUUUGACUCUCAAGUAUUUUAUUAGGACCUCGCUCUCUUCUAUCUAGCUGCUCGGAUAGUAUAUAAAGUGAGAUUUCUUGUUAUUAGUAGAUUCACUAAACAGCCGCACAAUAAAAAGCUGAACAUUCGCUUUAAAUAGUGGAAUAUUGGAACCAAAUUUUGGUCUUUUUAAAUGAUGUUGCAACAUUAAUUUUAGCUUAUGCCACUAGUCCUCUGUAGAUUAUCUUUACUUAAUAAUAAUGAAUAGUGUUGGCAUAAUAACAGGAGGAGUACUUCAAAUGAUGACCGUUAUUUAUAUCAGUGAUUCUGCUGUUUGUGUAUUUGAUGUUUUGGUAAUGCAGAUUUUAUUUGGGCAAUUUCUUUGUGGAAUUCUGAUAUCCUAAGCAUGUUAAAUUCCAUUUGAAACAUUAUCAAUUAUAGUGACUCUGUAAAUAAAUAAAUGCAUAUAUUCUAACA